GCUCCACUCCAACAAUGUCUUGGUACUAGUUCCCUUCUUUACCGUCCAUCCCCUUCAUUUCCUUAUAUCGCAGCUAGCAUAUCCACUGGCGGGCUGAUUUCCUUCCAGCAGUCCUGUCUAUUGUCACGCAAUGGCACUAUGGCCCUCUCAAGCACGUUAUUCGCCUCUCCUGCCUGCUGGACCUACACGUUCGAGCAGGCUUUCUCUUAACUAUGGCAAACUUCGAUGCAAUGCAGUGGUCUUUUGGGCCUUUGUCGCUGUAGUACUCGUUAUCGGCGCCUUUCGCGCCUUCACUCUCCCUUUUUCCAACAUACGGGGCACACUGCCCACUGCCACUCCACCAGAUAUCUUCACUGAAGACGGACUUGUCUCUGGUGAAGGUCUAUAUGAUUCACCUUCUGCUGAAUCAUCACAUACCCCGCCUCCCUUCGAUACCCCAGAUGAACCUCCACUCGCUUCCCCAGUUCCUGUUCUGCAGCUCGCGGAUAUUGGUGAUGAUCCUAGUCUAGACCAACUCCACGAGAUGGUUUCUCAGACCAAGGGCUUUUUCUCUCGCGAUUACAGUCUUGGUCUGGGGUGGAAUAACGUUCGCUACAUUAUUGAAGCUGCUCUAGUCCAAGCACAAAUUCUGAACCGCACACUCGUCAUUCCAUCAUACGUCUAUGCCCGUGCCUGCGAGUAUGAAAUUGCGGCAUGUGCAGAUCAGGCCUCCAUGGUCAACAGGGGAGACGCGAUUGGUUGGGACGAAUGGCGCGAAUUACCUAUCGAGAAACAGAUGGCAUGGAAAAUACCAAUCGAUCAAAUGCUCAAUUUGACUCACUUGCGUCACGUUCACCCUGUUAUUCGGUCCUCGGAGUUCUUUCGCUUGCGAGGUCUCCCAGAAAAUACUGAAACCAGUAGUGGCUGGUGGGAUCGCACUGCUUACCAUCGCCCUGGAAUACCUUUUGGAAGUGACCGGGAAACUUCGAGUAGCUUAUUUGUUAUUGAGAAUGAGUGGUACGAUCCACGAGGCAUGACCCGCGUUGAUAAACUAUCAGACGCCAUGAAAACACGAGGGGGGUGGACGGAUGGUAACCGAAGCGAACCGCAGAGUGGAGAAUGGCAGGAAAAUACCAAGACGACAAUACAGCUAUCGUUAGAAGCUGCUUUACCCGAGGACAGAAUCGUCAUGGAAUGGGACGAAGUUCGUUCCGUGCUCCAAUCAUCUAUAAAGGAAGAAUCUGUACAUGACAGUUCUGGUCGACCUUUGGAUGUUAAUAUUGAUGAGGAUCGGGAGAUUAUAUUACAACAAAAUGGCUGGGAGGUUUUGUACACGUUUAAUGGAGCAAGAGGGAUGGACUUUGUGAAAUAUGUCGUAGAACCAAUACGUCAAACAGUACCUCGGGAGAGUAUACGAGGCUUCUUCGAUGAUUUCGCGAAUGUAGAUGCGGAUGUUGUUGUACUUGCAGGAGAAACUCACCUAUACCGCAAACCGGGUGCUCUUCGUUUCGCGUCUCCUGAAAAGAGAGACGCCUUCGCUCGUAUUGUGUUGCAUAAUGUUGUACCUACCGAUAAAGUACUUGACCUUGCACGUCGGCUAGAUAGCCGUUUAUCAGAACUGAACGGUGGCAGAAUGUGGGUCGGUGCACACAUGCGUCGGGGCGAUUUCGUAUCCGCUGGUUGGGCCUGGGGAGGAAGCUCUGCUGAAGUUCAAUUUGAGCACAUUAAAGCUCGCCUUGGCCAAGGGCGAGAGGCUUUGCGCUCAAUACAAUCAUUUGAGGCGUAUUCGGUUCCCGGCAUCGAAAUAGACGAGGCGCGAGCGCAUCGCAGUGUACCAGAAGACGGGGAUCGCUUUUUCGUGGCAACAGAUGAGCGCGAUCCACAAAAUUUACACAAUUUUUCCGAGAACGGUGCCAUUAUGUUCCACGAGUUGGUAACAAUUGAAGACCGUCAUGAGUUUGGCUGGCCACUCAUGUUCACUGAUAUCAUCGGGCUAGUCGAGCAGGCUACUCUAGCUCGGGCAUCUUAUUUCUAUGGUUCUGCGAUGAGCUCUUUUUCCGGAGGGGUUGUCAACAUGCGUUCUGUCCUGGGCGCAGAUCGCCACACAGCAUUGAUGGAUUAGAAGUCAUACCGAUUGUAUUGUAGUGCUUUGUCUAGAUCCUAAUGUACAUACGUAUACUGUCUGGAGGUGGAAGAACCUACAGAAUAAAUAACUCAGGGCCGCAUGCUGCUAUAG